CAACCUCUACCGCUCUCUCUUCUCCUCUUGAACUCCCUAUCUUCUCCACGAGACAAGCACCCACACCACUGCACGCAGCCGCUUGCUAGCCCAUCCCCGGCAGCUCACCGCCUGCCGCUGUAGACGACGGUGCUCCAGCAUCCCCUUCCCAACCGCUGAUAAUCCAUUUCCCUAUCCACAUUGAGGCGUCGACCCACCAUGCCCGGCGUGGCGCCGCCUCAAACACCUCACCGGCUGCUUGCCGCUCGCGCCUAGCCCGCCCUACGCAUUACGGUGGCAGCGGUAUCCCGGACUCCCCGUCGACUACCGCAUCGCAGGCACCUCACCAGCCCGGCGCAAUGUGGCGCGUUGAGCUCCCCGUCGUCGACAUCGUCUGUGUAAUGGGGUGCGGGUAGCGGGCCGGGAUUGUGUCACGGACUCACUGUGACGGGUAUGAAAGAGCAAUACCGCCGGCCAGGUUUCUCCCCAUUGCCACGUUGCCAUCUUGAUGCAUCAGCUCAUAUUAUCCUCACAUUAUCUGAUAACUCGUGGAGUACUUCUUUAAUCGGGUGCCCGGAACAAAAGCAAUACUCACCGUCCGGCAUGGCGGCAGCGCAAGGCCAAGGCGAGGAGCGGCCGCUGUACAAGGACGCGUCGGCGCCGGUGGAGGCGCGCGUGCGCGACCUGCUGGGCCGCAUGACGCUGCGGGAGAAGGCGGGGCAGAUGGCCCAGGUCGAGCUCUCCGUGGCGUCCCCCCGCGCCCUCGCGGAGCUCGGCGUCGGCAGCCUCCUCAACGGCGGCGGCAGGCCGCCCUUCGAUGGCGCCUCCCCGUCCGACUGGGCCGGCGUGGUCGACGGCAUGCAGCGCCUCGCGCUCUCGUCCCGCCUCGCCGUCCCCAUCAUCUACGGCAUCGACGCCGUCCACGGCAACAACAACGUCGUCGGCGCCACCAUCUUCCCCCACAACGUCGGCCUCGGAGCCUCCAGGGAUGCCGAGCUUGUGCGGAAGAUCGGCGAGGCGACGGCACUCGAGGUUCGCGCCACCGGCAUGCACUGGACCUUCGCCCCCUGCGUCGCCGUUUGUAGGGAUUCGAGGUGGGGGAGAUGCUACGAGAGCUACAGCGAGGACCCGGAGAUGGUGCGCUCCUUCACCACCAUCGUCGCCGGCCUGCAGGGCCAGCCACCGGCAGACCACCCCCAUGGCUACCCGUUCCUCCAUUCCGUUAGGGAGAAUGUGCUUGCAUGUGCCAAGCAUUAUGUAGGGGAUGGUGGCACUCACAAGGGGAUCAAUGAAGGGAACACCAUUUGCUCUCUGGACGAUUUGGAAAGGAUCCACAUGAAACCUUACCCUGAUUGUAUAAGUCAAGGGGUGGCAACGGUCAUGGCAUCCUUCUCUCAAUGGAAUGGGGAGCCGUUACAUGCCAGCCACCAUUUGCUCACCGAUGUUUUAAAGGGCAAGUUAGGCUUCCAGGGUUUUGUGGUGUCGGACUGGGAAGGUAUUGACCAUCUUUGCGAGCCUCGAGGGUCGGAUUAUCGACAUUGCAUUGCCCAAGCAGUAAAUGCUGGAAUGGAUAUGGUUAUGAUACCUUUCAGAUUUGAGAAAUUCUUGGAAGAUCUUGUGUUCUUGGUGGAGACGGGGGAGAUACCUUUAUCACGAAUUGAUGACGCCGUUGAGCGGAUUCUAAGAGUUAAGUUCGUAUCUAGAGUUUUUGAGCAUCCGUUUUCAGAUCCAGCUCUACUCAACGUAAUUGGUUGCAAGGAGCAUCGUCUGCUAGCACGUGAGGCUGUUCGAAAGUCUUUGGUACUUUUGAAAAAUGGCAAGAAUCGGAAGGAACCUUUCCUCCCCUUAGCCAAGAAUGCAACAAGAAUACUCGUCGCAGGGACACAUGCUGACAAUGUUGGAUACCAGUGCGGUGGGUGGACAAUAUCUUGGCAUGGUGAUAGUGGAAAGAUUACUCCGGGUACAAGCAUAUUAGAGGCCAUACAACAAUCUGUGGAAGUGGAAACUGAAGUUGUGUAUGAUGAAUGCCCAAUAGAUGCUACCAUUGAAGCAGGCAAUUUUUCUUAUGCAGUUGUCGUAAUUGGUGAGGUACCCUAUGCAGAAAGCUUGGGGGAUAGAACCGACCUCAGUAUUCCAUUCAAUGGUUCCGAUCUUAUUACUCGUGUUGCCAAUAAAGUCCCUACCCUAGUGAUUGUUAUAUCUGGAAGGCCCUUGGUUAUUGAGCCGCAAGUACUUGAGAAGGUAGAUGCUCUAGUUGCCGCUUGGCUGCCCGGAAGUGAGGGCAUGGGAGUUGCUGAUUGCCUCUUUGGAGACCAUGAUUUUGUGGGCACGUUGCCUGUAACUUGGUUUAGAUAUGACGACCAGCUGCCUAUAAAUAUUGGAGGUGCUAAUUAUGAUCCAUUAUUUCCUUUUGGAUAUGGACUCAAAUGUUCAAAAGCCAUGGAGAUUUAGCAUGAUGUCAUGAAAUAUUUGCCGAUCAUACAUUUGAAUUACCAGAAUAUUGUUACAUAUGUGUGUUGUACAGUUAAAUAUUGGGUUAUGUACAAGAGAAAUAAAGUUAUGUUGCCGAGUACAUGGUAUAAGGUGUUCAAGACAUAAUUUGUCUGACUACUUCUACUGCAAGUAUAUCAUUUCGAAUACUUGAAUUUUAUACAACUUUAGUUUUCCCUUCUGUUUA